AUGGCCCUCAGACUAGCAGCACGCCGUAUGGCGCUGGCGCCUGCGCCUUUCACGCGAACCUUCAACCGCGCCAUGGCAACCACGGUCGAGCACACCAAGGAACCAUUGUCUGCAAUUUCGGAGGCCACAUCAGCUUCACAACCACCAAUCCCACCGAGCAAGACCACAACUAUCCAGGAGCCCGAACAAGAGGCAAAUGCCAAGACGAAGACCUUCCACAUCUACCGAUGGAACCCAGAUCAGCCUAGCGACAAGCCGAAGAUGCAGAGCUACACUCUUGACUUGAACAAGACAGGCCCGAUGAUGCUGGACGCGCUUAUUAGGAUCAAGAACGAGGUGGAUCCGACUCUAACGUUCAGGAGGAGCUGCAGAGAGGGUAUCUGUGGCAGCUGUGCAAUGAACAUUGAUGGUGUUAAUACAUUGGCCUGCUUGUGCCGUAUUCCCACAGACACCGCCAAGGAGUCACGCAUCUACCCCCUACCGCAUACCUACGUCGUUAAGGACCUCGUACCCGACCUCACCCAGUUCUACAAGCAAUACAAGUCUAUCAAGCCCUACCUCCAGCGCGACACCCCACCACCAGAUGGGCGUGAAUACCGUCAAUCUCGCGACGACCGACGAAAGCUAGAUGGCUUGUACGAGUGCAUUUUGUGCGCAUGCUGCAGCACAUCAUGCCCAAGCUACUGGUGGAACGCAGAGGAGUAUCUUGGUCCAGCUGUACUUUUGCAGAGCUACAGAUGGAUUGCGGACAGCCGAGACGAGAAGACUGCGGAUCGAAAGGAGGCGCUGAACAACAGCAUGACGCUUUACAGAUGCCACACCAUCUUGAACUGCAGCAGGACGUGUCCGAAGGGCCUGAACCCGGCCUUGGCCAUUGCGGAGAUUAAGAAGAGCUUGGCUUUUGCUUAG